AGAUCACAGAAUCCCGCUCCUCCUCCUCCUCCUCCUAUUUCAACAACUCUCUUUAGCCAUUGGAGAUUCGCAAUUUCGAGUUUCAUGAUCUGAAGGCUUGGCAUACCUGUUGAGAGAUUUUCAAUUAUAAAACUAUGUAUAGAGGUUCUUCAAUGCAUCCUAAAGCUAACAAAGAAACAAUCUCUACUGCGAAAACACGACAAGGGAAUGUGAGAGUCACGAGAUCACGAGCUAAGGCCUUAGGAACAUCGAUAUCUCCAUCGAAACCAGUUUUUAAACAGCAACCAAAGCUUAAAAAGAGAAUGGCAUCAGAUGAUACAAGAGUUUGUCAGCAUAAGAGACGUGCGGUGCUCAAGGAUGUGACUAACACUUUGGCCUGUUUGGAUGGGAACAAUGUUAAGGCUAGCAAGAGAGAACAAGAUGUGGAUGCCGAAAAAUCGAAACUAGCAGAAGAUUUGUCAAAGAUUAGGAUGGUUGAAUCUGCUACAAACUCCAAAGACGGAGAUCAAAAAGAAGACGGUUAUGGUGUCACAGGCUAUCUUAAGCCUAUAGUUAUUGAUUCCAAUGACCAAGAUCCCAAGUUUUGUAGCUUAUAUGCUGCAAAUAUGUAUGACAGUUUUCAUGUUGCAGAGCUUGAUCAAAGACCUUCAACUAGCUAUAUGGUCCAAGUCCAGCGAGAUAUCGGUCCAAGCAUGCGUGGGAUUCUCAUUGAUUGGCUUGUGGAGGUUUCUGAAGAGUACAAGCUGGCUUCAGAUACGCUUUACCUUGCAGUGAACCUUAUUGACCGGUUCCUGUCCAACAAUUACAUUGAAAAGAGAAGGCUCCAGCUGCUUGGUGUCACUUGCAUGCUAAUAGCCUCAAAGUAUGAAGAGAUAUGUGCACCAAGGUUGGAAGAGUUUUGCUUCAUUACAGACAAUACAUACACAAGACUCGAAGUGGUGGCCAUGGAGACUCAAGUUUUAAACUUUCUGCACUUUCGGUUAUCAGUUCCAACCACCAAAACGUUUCUCAGGCGGUUCAUUCAAGCAGCUAAAGCGUCUGAUCAGGUUCUCCACACUGAGAUGGAGUCCUUAGCAGACUAUCUUGCAGAGUUGACUCUUGUUGAAUAUAGUUUUCUAAGGUUCUUGCCGUCUCUAAUUGCUGCCUCAGCUGUUUUUUUGGCAAGAUGGACGCUUGACCAAUCUAAACAUCCUUGGAACCCAACUCUACAGCACUAUACUAGAUAUGAGACUCCUUCUCUUAAGAAAACAGUGCUUGCAAUGGAGGAUUUGCAGCUCAACACUAGUGGAAGCACCCUUGUUGCUGUAAGGAACAAGUACAACCAAAAGUUUAAAGGAGUGGCAACACUAAGAUCUUCUGAACGUAUCACAACACUCUUCUCAAGAUGAAACCAGACUUUGAGUUCUCCUUAUAUGACCGAAAGGCAUAGCUAAAGGCAAAACCAAGUCAGACAUCUCUCUGGCUUCAACACUUGCAUCAGGUGACAUCACUUUUGGACUCUUCAGUAGUGGAAUAGUUAAUGUAAGUUGUGCUUCUAGGCAAUGCCAUCUCAUGUGAGUUGUAAAACUAAACAUGAUUUUGACACAUUGAGAUAGUCUCUUUGCCUUAAAAAAAUAUAUUUUUAAAUGUAUUUCU